AUGUUUUUCUUGGACACAGAAGACAGGAGCUGUUCCUCACUGAUGGAGAUACUACACCAGUACAAGACAUCCUCUAACCAGCUUAUCAACACCUCCAAAUCUUCGAUUUCCUUCUCACCAAAGAUCCUGCAGGUAAUACGGGAACGUGUUAAAUCACACCUCGGGAUUGCACAGGAAGGAGGAGUAAGUAAAUAUCUAGGACUCCCAGAACAUUUCGGUCGACGAAAAAAAGAUCUCUUCACAAGCAUUGUGGACCAGAUCAAACUGAAGGCUGCUGGCUGGGCAUCAAGCCAACUCUCUAGUGCCGGCAAGCUAGCUAUGUUGAAAGCGGUGCUGACUGCUAAACCAUCCUUUGCGAUGUCAUGCUUCCAACUACCGGUGAGCUUGUGUAGUCGGAUUCAGUCAGCCCUUACGAGAUUUUGGUGGGAUGCUUCUCCGGAUAAAAAGAAAAUGUGUUGGGUAGCUUGGGACAAAAUCACGGCACCUAAAGCUUUGGGAGAUUUAGGAGUAAGAGACAUUCAAGCUUUUAAUACGACUCUCCUUGCGAAGCAGGUCUGGAGGAUAGUAUCGAAACCAGAAUGCUUAUUAUCAAGAGUGUUACGUGGAAAAUAUUGCAGUAAAAAGCCUUUCCUCCAAGUUGAUGCACCGAAAGCCGCUUCCCAUGGCUGGAGAAGCAUUUUGGUGGGAAGAUACCUACUGAUAACAAACCUGAGCAAAGCCAUUGGAGAUGGAGAAAUCACAAGAGUGUGGAAAGAUCCAUGGUUGAGUAUGGAACUUCCGUCGAGACCAGUCGGCCCAAUGCAGGAGAUACACCAAGACCUCUUCGUCGCAGACCUCCUUUGUAGAGGAACGAGGGAAUGGAACAUACCUAUGAUACAGAGUAUCCUACCCCAGCAUGUACCGGAAAUUCUGCGCAUAAAGCCAAGUAUCACAGGAGCGGAGGACUCCUAUGUGUGGUUAACAUCCAGUUCAGGUGUUUAUUCAGCUAAGUCUGGAUAUUAUGUGGCAACAGCAAUGGAGAUAAUCGAUUCCACAGCUAAUCAGAACUACUACAAGGCGACAUGGAGAUGCAAGACUUCACCAAAACUUCACCUCUUCCUAUGGAAAAUAGCCCAGGGAGCUCUGGCUCUAGGAGAGAACCUAGCAAAGCGAGGACUUGUGUCCAACGUAACUUGUCGGCAUUGUGGAGAACUCGAAACCGCUGAACAUAUCUUCCUACAUUGCCAUUUUACUAGACAGAUAUAG